UUUUGUUGUUUUCUCUCUAUUUUCAGGCAAAACCCCACGUUCCCACGGGUCGGAAAAACGCCCCACGUGCAGCACCCGGUCUCAGCUAGAGCUGGAGAUGGACGCGGAUAAGGGGAAGCAACGCCAGUACUCGCAGAGGAUGGCGGAGCCUCGCUUCAACAACCCCUACUUCUGGCCGCCCCCCCCCACCAUGCCCAGCCAGCUGGACAACCUGGUCCUGAUCAACAAAAUCAAGGAGCAGUUGAUGGCGGAGAAGAUCCGCCCCCCACACCUGCCCCCCACCUCGGUGGCCUCCCAGCAGCCCCUCCUGGUGCCCCCCUCGCCCGCCGAGAGCAGCCAGUCCAUCAUGUCCCUGCCCAAGCUGCAGCAGGUGCCGGGGCUGCACCCCCAGGCCGUGCCCCAGCCCGACGUGGCCCUGCACGCCCGGCCGGCCACCAGCACCGUCACAGGGUUGGGGCUGGCAUCCCGCGCGCCUGCCGUCAGCACCUCGGAGUCCAGCCCGGGAACCGGGACCACCACGCCCUCGACCCCCACCUCCACCAGCCAGAGCCGCCUCAUCGCCUCCUCGCCCACCCUAAUCUCAGGAAUCACCAGCCCCCCCCUCCUCGACUCCAUCAAGACAAUCCAGGGCCACGGCUUGCUGGGAGCGCCCAAGGCCGAGCGGGGCCGCAAGAAGAUCAAGGCGGAAAACCCCUCGGGCCCGCCCGUCCUGGUGGUGCCCUACCCCAUCCUGGCCUCGGGGGAGACGGCCAAAGAGGGCAAGACGUACAGGUGUAAGGUCUGCCCCUUGACGUUCUUCACCAAGUCGGAGAUGCAGAUCCACUCCAAGUCGCACACGGAGGCCAAGCCCCACAAGUGCCCCCACUGCUCCAAGUCCUUCGCCAACGCCUCCUACCUGGCCCAGCACCUGCGGAUCCACCUGGGCGUCAAACCCUACCACUGCUCCUACUGCGAGAAGUCCUUCCGCCAGCUGUCCCACCUCCAGCAGCACACCCGAAUCCACACCGGCGACAGACCCUACAAGUGCCCCCACCCUGGCUGCGAGAAGGCCUUCACCCAGCUCUCCAACCUCCAGUCCCACCAGCGCCAGCACAACAAGGACAAGCCCUACAAGUGCCCCAACUGCUACCGGGCCUACACGGACUCGGCCUCGCUGCAGAUCCACCUGUCUGCCCACGCCAUCAAACACGCCAAGGCCUAUUGCUGCAGCAUGUGCGGCCGUGCCUACACCUCGGAGACCUAUCUGAUGAAGCACAUGUCCAAGCACACGGUGGUGGAGCACCUGGUCAGCCAGCACUCGCCGCAGCGCACGGAGUCCCCCGGCAUUCCCGUACGGAUCUCCCUCAUCUAAGCGGGGAGGGGGGGCGGCAGCAGGACCCCCCCAGCACGAGGAGGAGGAGGAGGAGGAGGAAGGAGGAGGAGGAGCCCCCCCCGGCGCCGCGGGCCGUGCCCCCGCAGGUUUGGUGACACCCAAAGACGGUUUCAGAGCACUUUGAAUCUCUGCGGUUUGGUUUUAUUUUGGGGGGGAGGCGGAGGGGGGGGAGGGGAGCAGUGGGGAGUGGGGGCGUCACCCCUGCCCCCUGCCAGACCCCCCAGCCCCCCUCCCCCCGUUUUUGGAUACAAAUAUAUAUAUAUAUUUAUUGGCCAAGAACUUGGUGCUGCUAAAAAAACCAGAAAUUCACCCCAAAAACGAACCGUGGACGGAGCAAAAACGCAGCUGGGGGAGGAGGGGGAGCAGAGGAGGGGGGGCCCCCACUGCCUCCCCCCCAAACGGACUCUGGGCCCGAGCGCCUCCAUUUGGGGUUGAUUUUUAACCAUUUUGGGGUUUUUUUUGUGUUCUUUUGGGGUCCCUUUCGAGGGCAGAGCUGCGUCCCCCCGGGGCUGGACCCCCCCCAUCCCACAGCCCCGCUUUUGGGGGGUCUGGGGGGGUCCCACCGCUUUGCCUUGUGCCUGCCUGUACAUACCCCCUGUAUAGAGCCUGGGGGGUCACCCCCCAAACCUCAUCUAUAUUCUGUACCUUUUGGUUCAUUUUGGAUAUUAACUGUGUUAUUUUUUAUACACUUUUUAAGCCUUAACUCAGCGUUUCUUUGGUUUUUUUUUUUUUGUUGUUGUUCAUUUGUUUUUUGUUUUUUUUUUCAGGGUGUUUUAUUUACCUUUUAUUAAUUUUUAACCCCCGUUCUUUUUUACCCCCCCCAUUAUUUUUACCCCAGUUCUUUUUUACCCCCCCCAUUAUUUCCCCCCUCGAUGUUGUACGAUAUCAAUAUUGUAACCUUUUUUGUCAGCAUGUUAAUACUGUGUAAAUAAGCCUCUUAUACACUUAACCCCCCCCCCUUUUUCUCUCCUCCCCCCAACCCCAAAAUUUUGGGGCUUUUUUAUUUUCCUUGCUGCCCAGCCAGGCCAGG